AUGGCUACCCCUAGUGUCCUAGCUUUUGACGCUGAGGGUCGCGCCAUUGAUUUUGAGGUCUGGUUAGACGACCUGCAGCUGUUCUUACAGUGCGACAGGGCUGACGGCCUUUCUCUCUUUGACCUCACCUCUGACGCCUCUCCUGCUCCUGCUGCUGAUGCUGAUCCCACUGUCCGCUCUCAGUGGGCCACCCGCGAUGCUGCUGCACGUCUUGCUGUGCGUCGCCACCUCCCUACCUCUGAGCGUGCGCACUUUAGUCAGUACAAGAGUGCUCAGACCUUGUACGACGCUGUAGUUGCGCGCUACUCCUCCCCUGCCACUGCUGCACUGAGCCGUCUCAUGCUUCCCUACCUCUUUCCUGACCUCUCUGCCUUUCCCACUGUCGCUGACCUCAUUACGCACCUCCGCACUAGUGACACUCGCUACCGCGCCGCCCUUCCUGCUGAGUUCUGCGCUAAGAACCCACCCCCCAUGUACAUCGCUCUCUACUACGUAGUCGCGCGCCUCCCUGACUCCCUUCGCGUAGUCAGGGACCACUUUCUCGCAGUCUGUCCCACCACCCUCACCGUCGACCUCCUCGAGAAGGCCCUCCUCGCAGCGGAGAAGAGCAUAGUCGCUGUAGGUGCUUCUCGUGGUGACCCUCGCACCCCCAUCUUUGAGGGGUGCUCUCCUUCCCCCUUGCUGCCCUCUGUUGCCUCUGCUGCUGCUGCCGACCUGCUUGGUCUUGAGUCGGUCGGCGCGGCGUCUGCCCCUAGUGGGAGACGUCGCUCCAGCAAGGGCAAGGGGGGCAAGGGCGCGGGUGGAGCUCGAGGGGGCGGUGGCGGUGGCGGCGGUGGCGGCGGAGGGGGUGGGGGUGGCGGCGGGAAUAGUGGCGGGGGUGGUGGUGGUGGUGGCAGCAGCGGCGGAGACGGUGGUGGUGGUGGCAGCGGUGGUGGUGGAGGCAGCGGCGGAAGUGGAGGCGGCGGAGGUGGAGGCGGUGGAGGCGGCAGCGGAGGAGGCGGUGGUGGUGGAGGAGGUGGAGCUGGUCGGGGUGGUACCCAGCAGCGUAGCGGCGGUGGUGGUGGCCAGCGCUCGCAGCGGCAGCAGCAGCAGCGCUCGCGAGACAUCCCUCCGCCUCAGCAGCUUCGUGAGUGGUACGCUGGGCGUCAGAGGGGUGGGGGUACUGGUCCCUGCACCUACGUUCUUCGUUCCGGCGACCGCGCGGGUGAGCAGUGUGGGGGUGCCCACGCCACCCAGCGCUGCUUUGGCCGCCUGACGGACGCUUGGCGUCAGCAGUUCCCCGGGGCUAGUGAGAUCCCUCGCUGGGAUGAGCUUCUUAGGGCUGGUGUAGCGAUCUUUGAUCUUGAUUUUGAUGCUAUCCGUGCUGCUAUGUAUGCUGUGACUUAUAGUGAGGAGAAUGAGGGUUACCGGUGUUUCCAGCCCGACCCGGGCAUUGGUACUGCUGCGCUAGGUGCUUGUGAGGCUGCUGCUCUAGGUGCCAGUGCGUCUGCGCUCUCAGGUACUGGUGAGACUGCGCUCUCAGGUACUGCGUCGCCCUCGUCCUCCCUCACUUUCACACUUGACUCCGGGGCUUCUCGCUCCUUCUUUAGAGACCGCACUACCCUUACGCCGCUCGGCCGGCCGGUUGCGGUCUCCCUUGCUGACCCCUCUGGGGGUCCUGUCCUGUCUCACUUCUCCACUGUCCUCUCGUGUCAGGCUGCCCCUUCGGGCACCCUGUCUGGUCUGUACCUUCCCUCGUUCUCUACGAACUUGGUAGCUGCGUCAGGUCAGGUGCUUGCUGCUGCGUCCCGGUCAGGUCCUGAGUCUGCCCCCUGUUCUUGUCGCCUCCUGUCUCACGAGACUCUCCUGUGGCACCACUGUCUUGGCCACCCCUCCUUGCCCCGUCUUCGGAGCAUGGCUUCCCGUGUCCUUGUCUCUGGUCUUCCCCAGUCUCUCCCUCCUCUCCCCUCCGGGCCAGGCCCUUCCUGUGUCCCGUGUGUCGAGGGUCGCCUCCGGGCUGCUCCUCACUCCUCCAACUUCCCCCCGACAGAGGCUCCCCUGCAGACGCUUCACAUGGAUGUGUGGGGCCCAGCCCCCGUCCGUGGGCAGGGUCACGAGCGCUACUUCCUGUUGGUGGUUGACGACUACUCGCGUUACACCACAGUCCUCCCCUUGCGCAGCAAGGGUGCGGUCACUGAGGUGCUGAUCGACUGGAUCCGCGAGGCUCGUCUCCAGCUCAGGAAGAGCUUCGGCUCGGACUUUCCUGUUCUGCGUCUGCACUCGGACAGAGGCGGAGAGUUCUCCUCUCGCCUUCUGCGAGACUACUGUCGUGCACGGGGGAUCCGCCAGACCUUCACGCUUCCGGACUCACCACAGCAAAAUGGGAUUGCUGAGCGCCGCAUUGGCAUGGUCAUGGAUGUCGCUCGUACGUCCAUGAUGCAUGCGGCUGCCCCCCAUUUUCUGUGGCCGUUUGCGGUUGGCGAUGCGUCUGUGUUCCGUGUCUGGGGAUCUUGGGCGUUUGUCCGCGACUUGUCUGCGGACAAGCUGUCCCCUCGUGCAGCUCCCUGUGUCUUCCUUGGCUUCCCCACUGACGCCCCAGGGUGGCAGUUUUACCACCCCUCCUCUCGUCGUGUUCUGUCCUCCCACGACGUCACGUUCGACGAGUCAGUCCCCUUCUACCGUCUCUUCCCCUACCGCACUCCUUCCCUCCCCCCUCCCCCGGACUUCCUUGUGCCGGUUCCUCCCCCGGUAGACCCCCUCCCCCCUCAGGUUCCUGCCCCCUCAGGUGUGUCCCAGGUAGACGCCGUUGACCCGGUCGAGGUUACUGGUGACUCUGGUGCUGCUGCGGGUGCUGAGCCUGGGGGUGCUGACUCUGGGGGUGCUGUGCGCGGGGGUGCUGAGCCUGGGGGUGCUACUGCUGGGGGUGCUGGGCCUGGGGGUGCUACUGCGGAGGGUGCGGAGCCUUGGGGUGCUGAGCCGGGGGGUGCUGUGCCUGGAGGUGCUGGGUCUGGAGGUGCUGGGUCGGGAGCUGCUGAGCCUGGGGGUGCUGAGCUGGGAGCUGCUGAGCCUGGGGGUGCUGCGUCUGGAGCUGCUGAGCCUGGGGUGUCUCCUACUGCUGCGCCUCGCCGGGAGCCCCUCUCUCCACAGGAGCUGCGCAAGUGGUUCGCUCGCCGAUGGAGGCGUGCUGCUGAGUCUGGGGGUGCUGCUGGAGCUGGGGCUGGAGCUUCUUCGACCGUCGAGGGUGCUGGUGCUGCCGGUCCCGGAGCUGCUGGACCUGCGGGUCCUCCUGGAGCUGGAGCUGCUGAGGGUGUUGGUGCUGAGACUACUGCUGUUGGUCCUGCCACUGGAGGUGUUGGUGGCGCUGGUGCUAACGCUGAGGGUGCUGGUGCUGUCCCUGCUGAGUCUGGAGCUGCCGCGCGGCCUCGGCCGUACUUCGUUCUCCUCCUGCAGCAGGUUCUUGGUCUUUCUCCUCCAGUAGAGGGUCCACCGCCUGUCCAGUCGCAGUCCUUGCUGGAGCCUUCCUCUCAUCUGCCUGCUCCCUCUCCUUACACUGGUCCUACUGGAGGUCUUGCUGAGCGUCGUGAGCCUGCGUCUCGUCCCGCGUCGCCUGUUUGUACUGCUCGCACUAGUGGUCGCAGUUCGCGUCCGCGUCCUCCUCCUGUCCCUGGCACGCACCGGAUGUCUUUGCGUCCGUCCACUGCUCCUCUGCGUGCCCCUUUGCCUUCUCCUCCUGAGUCUUCUCUUCCUGCGCUUGCCGACCCUGAGUCGGACUCUCUUCGUGCUGCCAGUCCUACUGUCACGCGUCUGCUUGCUACUGUCGUCACUGACCCCUCUUUUGAGUCCACUGCUGCGUCUGCUCUAGUCGCUGAGCUCGUCGACUUUGCUGCUCGAUGUCGUCUCGACUACGCUGCUAGUCUUGUUGCUGAGUCUGCGUCUGUUUGUCCUCCGUCCGUCGGGGGUGAGUGUGCUCUUGGCACGGACGUCCUAGAGGACAGGCAGGAGGAGUUACAGUGUCUAGCGGCUGCUUCACCUCAUCUCGCGUCUGUACUGCUUGCCCCUGAGGGAGACCCGGAUGCACUAGACAUCCCGACUCCGCGUUCUUACGCGGAGGCCGUAGAGGGUCCCUACUCCUCUCAGUGGCAGGCAGCUAUGGAUGCAGAGAUGGCUUCCUGGAAGUCCACAGGCACCUACGUUGACGCGGUUCCCCCUCCUGGGGCGAACAUCGUCAGUUGCAUGUGGAUCUUCCGGGUGAAGCGGCUGCCGGGCUCUCCACCUGUCUUCAAGGCACGGUACGUUGCUCGUGGCUUCAGUCAGCGGCAGGGAGUUGACUACUUUCAGACCUUCUCUCCCACCCCGAAGAUGACUACUCUUCGGGUGCUGCUGCACAUAGCCGCUCAGCGCGACUACGAGCUUCACUCUCUCGACUUCAGCACUGCGUUCCUGCAGGGUAGCCUGCACGAGGAGAUCUGGCUGCGCCGUCCGCCUGGCUUCACUGGGACUUUCCCUCCUGGCACCCAGUGGAGCCUCCGACGGCCAGUCUACGGUCUCCGCCAGGCACCGCGUGAGUGGCACGACACACUGCGGACUACGCUUGCGGCUCUUGGGUUUGCUCCUUCUACUGCUGACCCGUCGCUGUUUCUUCGCACCGACACUUCCCUGCCACCGUUCUACAUCCUCGUGUACGUCGACGACUUGGUCUUUGCCACAGCUGACACUGCUGGACUCGCCUACGUGAAGUCCGAGCUGCUGAAGAGACACACGUGCACAGACCUGGGUGAACUGCGCAGCUACCUUGGCUUGCAGAUCACUCGGGACAGAGCACGCCGCACCAUUACCUUGACUCAGUCACACAUGGUGCAGCAGGUCCUUCAGCGCUUCGGCUUCACGUACUCCUCGCCUCAGGCCACUCCUCUGCCUACUCGCCACUCACUCUCAGCUCUGCCUUCGGAUGAGUCCGUAGAGUCGAGUGGUCCGUAUGUAGAGCUUGUUGGCUGCCUCAUGUACCUGAUGACCUGCACAAGACCUGACCUUGCAUACCCUCUGAGCAUCCUUGCACGCUAUGUUGCUCCUGGGAGACACCGACCAGAGCACAUGGUUGCAGCGAAGAGGGUAUUGCGCUACCUGUGCAGUACGUCGGGCAUGGGGCUAGUGCUUGGAGGGCGGAGUCCAGUGGUCCUUACAGGCCACGCGGACGCUUCUUGGGCUGACGACCAGGCUACGCAGCGGUCGUCACAUGGUUACACCUUCAGCCUUGGUUCCGGCUCUGUCUCGUGGCGGUCUACUCGCUCGUCUUCGGUUCUCGGCUCCAGUUGUGAGGCUGAGAUCUACGCCGGGGCCAUGGCUGCACAGGAGCUUCGCUGGCUCACCUACCUGCUGACUGACCUUGGAGAGCCGCCUCGUUCUCCUCCAGUGCUGUACGUAGACAACAAGGCCAUGCUGGCCUUGUGUCGAGAGCAGCGCUUGGAGCACAGAACGAAGCACAUUGCUCUCCGCUACUUCCUUGCUCGUGAGCUGCAGCAGCGUGGUCAGUUGCGACUUGCGUACGUGGCCUCUGAGGCCAACACUGCUGAUGUGUUCACCAAGGCACUCGCCCCUUGUGACCAUCAGCGCUUUUGCACCCAGCUGGGUCUUGUGCCUGUCUUGCCUCACUUGCUCUCCUCUUGA